GAUGAACUCGAAGAACUCCUUCUCGACUGUCGCUAUGGAGAGCUUGAAUCUGUCACAACGUUCAUAGACACAUACGGCGUUAACGUACUUGCGAAUGCUCAUGAUGAAAGGGGUAAUAACGUCUUACAUAUGUGUGCGGCGAACGGACACGAUGACAUCCUAGCACACAUCCUCUCACUUCCCAACCUCCCUACAUCACUCCUCACAUCAGGCAACGACGCAGGCAACACACCACUCCACUGGGCAUGCGUCAACUCCCAACUCGCAUGCGCCAAGCUCCUCGUCAACUUCCGCUCCUCCUCUUCUCCCUUCGAUAUCAAACUCGGACCCGCGUUGAUCCUCGCUCGCAACAGCGCAGGUCACACUCCACUUGGCGAAGCAGAGAGAAACGGAUGGGACGAAGGCGCUAGAUGGCUCGUGAGCGUUAUGGACCUCCAACUCGCUUCUUCCUCAUCUUCGUCUGAGGAAGCCGACGUCGAGAAUAAAGAUGAUGAUGUGAACGAAGAUAAAAAUGGA